CUCGGCGCCGCUCGCACGGAGCGCACUACAGCCGAACCGGGGCGGUGCGGGGCGGGCAUGGCACCGGGGAGCCGGCCCGGGGGGACGCUGCUGCUGCUGCUGCCGCUGCUGCUGGCGGUGCCGGCGGCGGGCGGCGGGUGCGCGGCGGAGGGCGGCCCGCUGGAGCCCUUCGAUGCGCUGUACGCCAGCGGCGUGGAGGCGUUCCACGGCGGGGACUUCGCGGGCGCGGCGCGCUGCCUGGAGCGGGCGCUGCGCAGCCGGCGGGAGCUGCGGGCGGCGCGGCUGCGGUGCCGCCGCCGGUGCCGGGCGCAGGUGCGGCUGGCGGAGCCGGGCCCGGGGCCCGCGGGGGACCUGCGGUUCUUCGGCUCGGUGCUGCGGCGCGCAGACUGCGUGCGGCGCUGCGAGGAGCCGCGCCUGGGCGCCGUGUCCCGCCACCGCGCCGCCGAGGAGGUGCGCUCCGACUUCCAGCGCAGGGUGCCCUACAGCUACCUGCAGCGCGCAUACAUCCAGCUGAACAAGCUGGAGGAGGCAGCAAAUGCAGCUCACACCUUCUUCAUGGCAAACCCUGAGCACAUGGAGAUACAGCAGGACCUGGAGAACUACAGGACCACGUCAGGGAAGGUCAGCUUGGUUGACCAGGAGGCCAGGCAGCACAUGGAGGACUACAGUGCAGGGGUGAGGCACUAUGACAAGGAGGAGUAUGAGCUGGCCAUCGAGCUCCUGGAGCGUGCCUUGCAAGGAUACUACUCUGAGGAUGAGGACUGCCAGCUCAUGUGCGAGGGGCCACAGAAAUUUGAGGAGCACGAGUACCUGGAUUACAAGGCUGGUCUCUACGAAGCUAUUGCAGAUCACUACCUGCAGGUGCUGGCCUGCAAGCACGACUGCGUGCGGGAGCUGGCCACGCGCGCGGGGCGCAUCUCGCCCGUCGACAACUUCCUGCCCCUGCACUACGACCACCUGCAGUUCGCCUACUACAGAGUUGGUGACUAUGCAAAAGCCCUGGAGUGUGCCAAGUCCUACCUGCUCUUCCACCCGGACGAUGAGGAUGUCCUGGAGAAUGCAGGUUAUUACGAGGGUCUCUUGGAAGGUACAGUGGAUCCAGCCACCAUCAAACCCAGAAAGGAAGCCAGGACGCUGCUGCGGCGCCACAAGCUGGAGUCCCACCUGCUGCAGGUGGCGGCGGCCGGGCUGGGAUAUUCCUACACGGAGCCGAACUACUGGAACAGGUACGGCGCCCGCCAGGACGAGCACAGUGUCCCAUCAGGUGUCAGCAGUGAAGCAGAGGAGGGGCCCCGGCUGUCCCUGGCCAAGAAACCCAUGCCAAAGCCAGAUCGAGAGCUGAAGGAGGGGGGCCCUCUUCUCUACAGCGAUGUGAAGUUUGUCUACAACUCUGAGCAGCUGAAUGGCACCCAGAGAGUGCUGCUGGACAACGUCAUCUCGGAGGAGCAGUGCCGGGAGCUGCACAGGGUGGCCAGUGGGAUCAUGUUGGCUGGAGAUGGUUACAGGGGCAAGACCUCCCCGCACACCCCGAAUGAGAGAUUCGAAGGAGCCACUGUCCUCAAAGCCCUCAAGAGCGCCCGCCUGUUCUACGACAUCAGCGAGAAGGCGCGCAGGAUCGUGCAGUCCUACUUCCUGCUCAACUCCACGCUCUACUUCUCCUACACGCACCUGGUGUGCCGCACGGCGCUGAGCGGCCAGCAGGAGCGAAGGAAUGAUCUGAGCCACCCUAUCCAUGCUGACAACUGCCUCUUGGACCCCGAGGCCAACGAGUGCUGGAAGGAGCCUCCUGCCUACACCUUUCGGGAUUACAGUGCCCUCCUGUACAUGAACGCAGAUUUUGAAGGUGGCGAGUUCAUUUUCACCGAGAUGGACGCCAAAACUGUGACAGCCUCCAUCAAGCCCAAGUGUGGGAGGAUGAUCAGCUUCUCGUCGGGCGGCGAGAACCCCCACGGGGUGAAGGCUGUCACCAAGGGCCAGCGCUGUGCUGUGGCACUCUGGUUCACCCUGGACCCUCUCUACAGAGAGCUGGAGCGAAUCCAGGCUGAUGAAGUGAUUGCAAUGUUGGACCAGGAGCAUCUAGGACCCAGUGAAAUGAACAUCAACCCAAAGGAUGAGCUAUGAACUAGGCCAAAGACUUUUUCUAUUAAAUAUUUAUUUAAUAUUGUUAAUCUUAUUAGAACCCUUCUAUUUUUGUACAGAGAUGCUGUAUAAAUUAACAGGUUAAUAUGAUUGUGGAGUUUCAGGAAUGCCUCUUCUGUGUUUAGCACAGCUUUUGCUGGAACCCUCAUCCCUGUGCCAGCAUCUCCUGGUGGGGCUGACUCUGCUUCCAGAAUUCCCUGUUUUUCUCUAGCACUUCUCAGGACUCAUUCAGGCCCACUCUACCCCCUUGGAAAACCUAUUUUCUUUAUUUCUCAACCAAAAAUAGCUGCUUCUCUUUAGCAUCUGCUGGAGAAAAGUCUCAGGUGUCCUAAUGCACCAGUCUUCCUGCUCCUGUUUCCUGCCAGGGGAAACUGGAACACAAAAACUGGAGUUAUGACUGUCCCUCACCAUUUGAAAUAUGCCUUUUAGGGGAAAAAAACAAAGGAAAACCCAAGUCCUAGCAAAGUGAGACACCUCUGCAAUCAUGCAAAGCUGGUGUUUGGGCAUUAAUUCUGAGCAGAAGCCCCCUCUUCCCAUCCAGUCACUGGCUCCAAAGGCUGUAGACAAGGAUUGUCCUGUAGAGACCUCCUCAAAAGCUGGUCUUGGGCAAGAUAAGGGGAACUCUGUGGAAUAAGAAAUGCCCAGACUGUCAAGAGGGAACUAUUACCACCCAGAAAAUGCUGGAAGAGUCAUUUCCUGCACCUCCUCCAAUGCUGCAUCUGCAGAGGAAAAGUCUCUGAGUAUUUUAAGCCACCAGUAUUGCUUUUUCCUUUGUUAUCUCCCUUCCUCAUGGAUUGUUGAAAAGAUUCAUCAGGUUGGCUCCCCAAAGAGCUGCCUACAGGUCUCUGCCUUUGAAGAGCCUUCCCUGCUUAAGUGCCUCUUCUGUAAAUGCUUAACUGCAUCUCCCUUUUCAAAGCCAGAGGAAAAGCUGGGGAGAAGAAGGGGAGGGCAGCUGCUCAGUUUGGAGAGCUGACCCCCAUUUCAUUGUCCAGUCUGCUGCCUCCAAGGCUUGACUGAAUGCUGCACCUUCCAUGUGUGCCUGAACUCCAUGUGUGUCUGAACUCCAUGUGUGUCUGAAUUCCAUGUGUGUCUGAACUCCAUAUGUGUCUGAACUCCAUGUGUGCCUGAACUCCAUGAGUGCCUGAAUUCCAUGUGUGCCUGAACUCCAUGAGUGCCUGAACUCCAUGAGUGCCUGAAUUCCAUGUGUGCCUGAACUCCAUGAGUGCCUGAACUCCAUGUGUGUCUGAAUUCCAUGUGUGCCUGAACUCCAUGUGUGUCUGAAUUCCAUGUGUGCCUGAACUCCAUGUGUGCCUGAAUUCCAUGUGUGCCUGAACUCCAUGAGUGCCUGAACUCCAUGUGUGUCUGAAUUCCAUGUGUGCCUGAACUCCAUGUGUGCCUGAACUCCAUGUGUGCCUGAACUCCAUGUGUGCCUGAACUCCAUGUGUGUCUGAACUCCAUGUGUGUCUGAAUUCCAUGUGUGCCUGAACUCCAUGUGUGCCUGAACUCCAUGUGUGUCUGAAUUCCAUGUGUGCCUGAACUCCAUGUGUGCCUGAACUCCAUGUGUGCCUGAACUCCAUGUGUGUCUGAAUUCCAUGUGUGUCUGAACUCCAUGUGUGUCUGAAUUCCAUGUGUGCCUGAACUCCAUGUGUGCCUGAACUCCAUGUGUGCCUGAACUCCAUGUGUGUCUGAAUUCCAUGUGUGCCUGAACUCCAUGUGUGUCUGAAUUCCAUGUGUGUCUGUGCUGCCAUCCCCUGCAUCCAGGUGCAUCCUGCAGAGCUGCCCCAGCCCUCCCAGGCUCCCACCUGUUGCUUCCCCUGCCAGGACCUGCAGGGGCUGGCACAGGCCAUGGUGUGUUUGUUGCUGUGGUGGCUGGCCAGAGCUGUGUCUAAAUCCAGGGAAAAUAAACUAAACACAUCUGGGCC